CAAGUUUGGAGAGCGUGUUGAGUUUAAUCAAUUCAUAACGUCGAGAUGGAGCCGAACUCACUGAAGUGGGUGGGCUCGUCUUGCGGUUUACAUGGACCAUAUAUAUUCUAUAAAGCCUUUAAGUUUCACCGGGACGGCAAAGCGAGGAUUUUGUCUCUCGGAGACUUUUUCUUCGUCAGAUGUAAACCGGAGGAACCUAUUUGCAUAGCGGAGCUUCAGCUGCUCUGGGAAGAAAGAACAAGCAAGCAACUUUUAUCAAGCUCUAAACUUUAUUUUCUACCCGAGGAUAGUCCCCAGGGACGGACGAUCAGCCAUGGAGAGCAUGAGGUAAUUGCCGUGUCUGAGAAGGUGAUUGUGCGGCUGGAGGACCUAGUGAAGUGGACUGUACCAGACUUCUCAGGAUGGGCCCACUGUCUGAAGGCCGAGCCUCUCAAACCCUCCGUGCUUCGAGAGCUGGGCACCAAUGGGAGGCGGGAGGCCCUCCAUCGAUACAGAGAGAGCACCCUGACCAGCGGGCUCAACUUCAAGGAUGUCCAGAGGGAGAGGGCGCAGCUAGGCCAGGAGGAGGAUGGGAGGAAAGUUUUGGUCCUCAGUUACCCCCAGUAUUGCCGCUAUCGCUCAGUGUUGGCGCGGCUCAGAGAGCAGCCGUCCUCCCUGCUCAUCGACCACACAGUGCUGGCACUGGGCGGCAUCGCUGCGUUGGGAGGAAGCACAAGGAUCUUAUACUGCCGGGACACCUUCGAACAUCCCGCCCUUCUACAGAACGACAGCAUCUGUGACGAGUUUGCUCCUAACUUGAAGGGGCGACCUCGGAAGAAGAAGCUGUCCAUCUCUCAGAGGAGGGACUCUCAGGGUCAGGGGUCAGUGGGGUCGCUGGGGUCAACGGCAGUGGCAGCACAGGACCCCUGCAGCCCAGAAGGAAGAAUUACUACUAAGGUCAAACCCAGCUGUAAAACGAUACCCAACGGAAAAAUAACUCCUGCAGCCAAACACAAGGCCAAUGGCCUCAGCAAGAGAUCCUCAGCUGAGGAGAAGGAGCGAGGGAAGGACAAGGAGGAGAGGAACGAGGAGGAGAGGAGUGAGGAGGAGGAAACAUCAGAGGAGAACCGAGCGGAGGAGCAGGCUUUCUUAGUAGAGCUCUAUAAGUACAUGAAAGAAAGAGACACGCCCAUAGAGAGGAUCCCCUUCCUCGGUUUCAAACAGAUCAACCUUUGGACCAUGUUUCAAGCUGCUCAGAAACUCGGAGGAUAUGAGCUGAUCACGGUCCGCAGACAGUGGAAGCAUGUGUAUGAUGAAUUGGGCGGGAACCCCAGCAGCACGAGUGCAGCCACGUGUACACGCAGACACUACGAGAGGCUCCUCCUCCCUUACGAGAGGCACAUCAAAGGCGAGUCGGACAAGCCCCUCCCCUUAACCAAACCCAGGAAGCAGGAGGGCGGCCAGGAGAAGGCAUCGGCAGCCAAAGUUAAAGCAGUGGUGGCCAAGAAAUUGAAAGGCCCUGGCAGUGUCAAGCUGGAGAGUAAAAAGGACAGAGAGGAGAUGGUGCAAGGCCAAGAACAAUCACAGGACUCAAGGGGGAAGACAGAGAAUCACGAGCUGUCCCCAGCCAUAAAACAGGAAGUAUCUCUGGGUGAUGAACCAAUCGUAAUAGAGGAGGAAGAGUUACAUCUCACUCUGAAGAAAGAGGAGUCCUUGGCAGAGGAGCAGGCCUUCUUGCACUGUCCCAAAGAGCCAGACUGCAGAGGCCCACAUGCUGGCCUACUAGUCCAUGCAGGCACGGGUCCCCAGUCUGAAUGGAUGCAAGUGAGCGAGGCCUUGAAACUCUCCUGUGAACAGCAAACUGAAGGGCAUUUCAUUCCCAAACAUCCCUACCUGCCUCACCGCUGGGAUCAGAACAAACCCCCCGGACUUGUUGCUCUGCCUGAGCCCUCCUCCAGGGUUAAAGACUCCUUAGAAAGCCACAGUGGGAGAGUGGGGAAGGUAUUACCGAUGUGUAAGCAGGUGGAUAUAGAGUGUAUAGACUUGAGCGCAGACAAAGAAGACUAUGGGGUCACUAAGAAGGAGUCAACACAAACAGCUGCCUACUGCAAAUCCAGCCAGGGUGUCAUGUCUCCAUUAGCCAAAAAGAAGCUCCUCUCCCAAGUGUGUGAGUCGAACCCUUUCUCGUUUACAUCUCCUCUUCAGCCUCCAUCUCUCACAGCCGUGUCCUCCCUGGCUGACAUAUCUGAAAGGGAGAAGGAGAAGAGAAAUGGUGAGGAUGAGGUGGUUGGAAAUAUCCCAGAGGGAGCACCCAUAUUCAGGCCGUCAGUCAUCCAGCACGCCCAGAGCAGCAAGCCCCACCAACAAGCCACCAGCAGCCAGUCAGAAAGGAGUACAGCGGGGGAGCUUUCAGAGGCUUACAGCUGCCGGACAAGCCAUCACCUCAAGCCACAAGUAAGUCUCCCAUGGCAGCCCUAUCUGCCCCUACCUCACGCCCAAGAUGGUGUCGAGAUCAACGGAGAGACGCUUCUCCAGGGCCAAGCAACUCAGUCCCGCAGCUAUGCGGGCGACUGCUACUCCUCCCCUCAUCUCCACAGUCUGUACCGGCAAACAGAGAGCUGCCUAAGUCAGGACAGGAUGGCCGGGUUCCCAAAUGGAGAGCGGAGAGAACACUUCAACCGGGAGCGCGAAGGCAGCCAGGGCUUCGUCUGUGGCGGGCUGGAGCCAGAGGGCCUGGCUUACAGAUCGCACUUCAGCGAGCGGACUCGAACGCACAGCGAGAGGAGAGAAGCUGACGACGAGCCCAGAGACUUCACAAUCUCCAAACCCCUCUCACAGAGGUUGUCCUCUUCCUUCUCCAAGCCCUCCUUCUGCAGCCUCCCCUAUCCCAUCAUGCAUCAGAGCAUGGAUUCCCACCCUAAGGCGUGCAGAGUUCCUCCUAUGAAUAUCUCUCCUGCGAAACAGAGUCCAGCAGAGUCAUCGUCGCAGCCGUAUCCCAGCCCAAAAGCAGCAAGUGAUUCAAUCCUCACAAGUCCCAGUCGGCCCAGUAAGCGGAGCCUAGUAGAACCUGAAGGCGAGGAAGUCCCAGAGAGGAAAGUCCGUGUGGUGACGCCGAUCCACCCUGCCGGAGCAAUCCGACGCAGCGACCCGGAGGAGCUAAAACCAGCCGAGCCAGCCCAUGGCGUUCAUCUCAACAACCACCUCCCUGAAGGCCACCCUGCAACCACCUACCCCCCGCACCACGCCGCACCCUUCUACCCAGGCAUGUACCCGCACGGCAGCCUAGUCUCAUCAGGAGCGCAGGACGGACUCGGGCAACACCCAGGUCUGCAGUACCUGAAGAGCCAGUCUGCAGUGUCCCCCCUUAUGCCCCCGUUAGCUUUCCACUCCAUGAUGCUGCACAGGCAGCUGCUAGCUUCAACCGCCUCCCCCCACCACUUCUACAGGCACCCGGGUGGGGCAGCACUGUAUGGAGACCUGCUGCACCACCUGUACCCUCUCUCCACCCUCCCACCACCUCAGAUUUCGUCAGUACACCCGAGCACCAGACUGUGAGGAAGAGAGGAGAAUUGAUUUCUCCUUCUUCGUCUUCUUUUUCAUCCUCAGAAACUUGUUCGGCUUCUUUCCGUCUCUCUUGCUCGGGGACUGUAGAGAGAAAACACUGAUUAUGAACCUUGACUGAUUACAGACUGAUGCAGAGUGGAAAUUCCAUUUUCUUUUUUAUUUGUGUAUGCAUUUGUUUAUAUUCUUUGCACUGUUCUUUAUUAUUUUUUUUAUCACCAAUUACUGUAUCUUUAUUGUUGUUGUUGUUGUAUACUUAUUUGCACAGUGCUCAUGUGUAUGUGCUUACAAAUCAGUUUGCCGUUCUUGGUCACCACAAGUCAGGUCGUUGCUCUGGAUGUGUGAAAAUUGGAGGGCAACAGAGAAAAGCCAUUUGUUUACUGCGACUGAGGGCUAAACUUUUUUGCUUAGAAACACUACGAGUAACAUCACGACGUAAAUGAAAUUCUUUAUAUAACUAGAGGUAAUCUUCAACAGCUGUUUAGCGCAUUAUUACACUUUUGGGCAGCCACUUGUGUUGCAUCUGUUUACAUGUCUCCACGCUGAAAGCUGUUGCCUGUUUGUGCCACAGCAAAUCCACCUGGACUCUUUGGAAUAGACAUUAACACUCACUGCGGUGCUGCAUAACACAGAUUAUAGCUUCACCGAAACACUCAGAGGUGCUCUGUGUACCAGAUGUACUGUAGACUCACGUUUUUGAUCAGUUCAGGUGUGAACUCGCUAAAUUUAUUUCCGAUCACACAACACAAGCAGUUUUCGUUUUUUAAUCUGUUGACAAAUCAUGAAUGUUUUUUUCAUCCGAGUUAACAAAAGCAGGUUUAAUGUCGAAAUUGAAAGUUAUUUGACCCCCAAACACCCUUUGUGAUGAGUUGACUGUAGCAGCUUGUUUGUGUCUGUAGGACCAGCAUAAUGAAGCAGCCGUCUGCUGUGGAAUGCUCACCACAAGAAAUCAGCAUUUCAUCUUUUUGUUCUUGACUUGAAAAGCUCUUUUUAUCUUUUUCGGUGAACAGAGUCUUUUAUUCAACACGCUGAAAAGACUCACUGUAUGAUUUUUAAUAGGAAUGUUGUCACUUAAGAUAUUAUUGCUUUGCAAAUAUCUGUGCCUUUCGCAGUCUUGCAUUAGAGUUAGCACUACAGUUGUUAAGGUUUAUCUCCUGUAGCAGGGUAGGAAUAUUAAUAUUACUGUCAGACACUCAUACAAAAAACAAUAUGGCACAUUUGGCUCAGACACCAGACCUGAUAGGUUAGACACAAAAUGUAUCAUUUAAAAAAAAUAAAAUCCACUUUAUUGUAAAGGUCAGUCUUUGAGCUUAAAUGAAUUUAUUUACUUAGCUUAACUGCAGUUGAUUGUAGAAGAACCUGCAAAGGAUUUACUGGUAGCUAAUACUGACACAGGUCUGGUGUCUGUCAUCCGCAGGGCAUGUGUCUUCUAGCAGUGAUGAAAAGGUACCAGACUCCGUAAAGUAUGCACACCAUGCUUCAUAGCCUAAGGUGGAAAGAACCACCUGCUUUGGCUUUUACAACCACUAUAAUUGCAAUCCAGGAUAGUCAAAAUACAUGCUCAACAUGUGUUUCAAAAUAAGGAAAAAAUGUGUAAAGUUUUACUGAAUACUUAGAUAAAUACGUUGAUUUCUGGUUAAGUACUGUACAUUGCUGUGUGUAGGGAAAACUGGCAUUAGUGCUGGCUCCUGUACAGAUCAUUCAUACGGGAUCAAUUCAUGACAACCCCUCUCUUGUCUUAUUUUCUCUGUAAAUAACACUGUAGAUAGUACGGCGUGGUUGUUAUCAUAUAAACUGUUAUACUCUGUAAAUAGUAUUAAAAAAACAGUAUAAAAGUUGGUUACACAAUCUAGCUGUGUCCUUGUUUGCUCUGUUUCAAGGUCACGGUGAUCCUGUUAGAUUUAAACAAACACUACAGUUUAAGUAUAAGGAUACUCUUUUUAUUUCUAUGUUGUUUUUGUUCAUGUGCAUCCUGAAAGUGUUUUUGAUACAGUAGCCAUCUGUUUACCAAUCACCCAGCUGGCAAGCAAGACAAAAAAUAGACAUUUUGUAUAUGACCUCCUGUAUAUUUAAUUAAAAUAUUUUACUAUCUA